UGGUGGUGGUGGUAGUGGUAGUGGUGGAGUCACAGUGGUUGGUGUAGUGACCUGAAGUGAUGUGGGCAGCGGCUGGGCUGUGUGAUGUCGUUCUUCUACUGCUGAUGGUGGUAGUGGUGGCGCAAGAAACGCUGUCUGUGACUCAGCAGAACGUCGACGUUCACAACAAAGAAGCGACUAACGUGUCGUCGGUGGUUGUCGACGCCGUGAUGAACGAAUCAUCCCUCCUUGACGUAUUCUGGACGACGCAGGACGACUUUCCCAACUACUCCACUAACUUCAGCGUCACGUGGGCACGUUUGGGUGACGUCAGGGUGGAUGAGGCCUUCACCACUGACCUCCAGUACACCAUAGCAGGUCUGGACGCCUUCACCACCUAUAACGUAUGUGUGGCCACCUGUGUGAGCAAUGGCCCUAACUAUCCUGUGUGUGGUGUCAACACGACAACCAAAGAAAGCGUGCCAGGUCGGCCUGUCAAUGUGACAGCCAAAGCCGAGGGAGCGGAAGCCCUGUGGGUGGGUUGGGAACCGCCGGUGGAGCCCAACGGUGUGGUGAUCAGCUACACUGUCAUUUGGACACACGCGGUCACACGCCACGCAGACACUCUUGAUGUUGAUGGUAACACCACUUCCGUCGUCAUCUCCAGCUUGCAGCCAUGCACUAACUAUACCAUCACUGUCUCGGCUGCCACUGCUGCAGGCAGCGGCCAGACUGGCGGUCCAGCCAAAGCUACCACGGAGAUAGAAGUCCCGGGCAGUCCCACUGAAGUCUCAGCGAGUCAGGUCGAGAGUCAGCCGCACUGUCUAAACGUAACUUGGACGCAAGCCAAGGUACGAGGUAAUUGCCAUGUCACGUCAAACACGGUCAUCUGGUGGCUGGCUGCUUCUGGAGACCUUGUCGGUAAUGAAACCUUUCCAGCCACUGUGCAGGUCAGCCUCAUUGGCCUGCAGUCCUCUACCACCUAUAGUGUGGGCGUGAGCGCCUCUGUGCUGGAGAUAAAGGGGUCCAGUGCGGUACGAGUGAACGGCACCACGGCAAGAGCAGGGACUCCUUCCUGCUCAGGGACACUAGCGUCAUUGGUGGGACUGUGUGUGGCAGGCGUGGCACUGGUUCUGGCGGUGGCAGGUGUUGCCAUCUACUGUUUGAGGUACAAGCUGAAGAUAUCUCAGCCUCGACCUAGGGUUUUCUCCUCCGUCAGGCAGUCUGGUCUGGGACACUCCCUCUCUCUCACCUCCAAAGCGGCUGAAGGGACGGUGAGGGUGGAAGACCUUCGCUACAUAGAAGUUCUGGAGGAGGACACCCAGCGGCGUUUAGAGGAAGAGUUCGAGCAGGUGCAACAGAGUAGCAGCAAACAUCCCACAGUGGUAGCCUCGCAGGACCAUAACAAAUACAAGAAUCGCUUCCGUAAUAUACUGCCAUUUGACCACAGUCGAGUCAUUCUUUUCUCCGAGGCGGGAGAAGCUGACUCAGAUUACAUCAACGCCAACUAUAUCAAGGAUGUCUGGGGACGGAACCGUUUUAUUGCGUGCCAGGCGCCGCUGGAGGGCACGGUAGGGGACAUGUGGCGGCUGGUGUGGCAGCAUGACUCUCGCGUGGUGGUCAUGCUUACCAACUCUCGGGAGCGAGGACGGCAGGAGGUGUGUGCCGUGUACUGGCCCACCCUGGAAGGGCCAGUCGUCACCGUGGGGGACCUUACCGUCACAACACGUAGCGAGACCAGUAAAGGCGGCCUGCGAGUGCGUGAGUUUCUACUUGAGAAGGGAAAAGAGCAACGACCAGUAAGACAGUACCAGCUUACCACCUGGCUGGACUUUGGGGUGCCCAAUCAUGAACUUUACCUUCUGGACUUUAUCUGCGAACUCCGGGACUUGGUAAACCCAGAGUGCGGUCCCCACGUGGUCCACUGCCGCGCCGGCGUUGGUCGCACUGGCACCUUUAUCGGGUUGUGGAACCUGAUGGACACAGUGGACGCGGGGCAGCGGGACAGUGUGAACGUGCGCCAGACAGUACUGGCCAUGAGGGAGUGUCGCUUUUGCAUGGUGCAGACCCCGGAGCAAUACCUGUAUCUGUACAAGAGCAUCUUGGCCUACAUGGAGGAGCCACAGAUAGAGAGGACAAAAAACCGACGGCACAGAACUCCGAGAGAGCCGCGACCACAAAAAGAACAGCGCCUCGCGUACCACAAUCCUGCCUUCACCCAAGAGGCGAUCUCCAGCGCACACCACGCAUGACACGCACACCACGAAACAUCCUCAAGCACAGACGGAAGCCUGGCAGAAGGGAGCCUGGAGGUGAGGUGUCGAUCGUCUCCGUGACCUGUGUGGGUACUGGUGGCUAGCUGGCAGCAGUGGUUAUACGCUACUAUCGGAGGAAGCUGCACCAAUCUUCCCAGAAGGUGGUUAUCGCUCAGGAAAAUGACUAAUCUUGCAAUUCUACCUAUAAAUCUUUUAAUGAUACGUGGGGUGUACUUUUGUAGGCGAUAAGCUUAACUCACGUGCAACUGAUGCUUGAAUGAAAUGGCUGGUCAACUGUCUGCUGUAUGAAAGUCUCGCAGUAUUUGAUGAGCCACAUUAAUUAGCAGCGUUCGGGAAAAUAUUCCGUGUUUUAUGUGUCAAUUGCAAGGCAGUGAUCUGCACGCUGUGAAACUUAUCUGUGAAAAAUGGUGUUCAGCUGCUA